GAUCAUACAUUCCUAGCAAUCAAAUCGGUUCGGGGUUCAGAUCCUGCACGCCCCCCCCGCAGCCGGAGUGUCUGCGGUCCGGAGACCUGGGGGGGGUCUUCAUUUCGCCGCGAACGCGCAGUAGUACGCGCGCUCAUCUGGUUACUGUGUUGUUGCGAUUUUUUUUUUUUUUAAUUAUUUUUCUUAUUGUUGUUGUCGUCGUCGUGGGGCGAAGAAGUGCAUGCGUGUGUGUCGCGGGAGGGCGCUGCCCAGGAUUCCCUCGGUUCCGUGGGAUACGGCGGCGCUAUGGACGGGCUCCGGAGCUCAUAUGACCGUGUGGCACCGAACAGGCAACAUGUGCUCCUCGUGCGUGUGACCGCGGAGCCGGGUUCGACCCCCUCAGGCAUCUGAGGCGCCAAAGAAGAGACUGCGAGACCCUGUGAGACCCUGUGAGAGCACUUUUCAGGAAGUUCUCCACAAUGAACAUUCCCAUCUUUCCUGGCAGCCGCACAUUCCUGCCUUUGUCCCGAUGACGCCGCGCACAUCAGCGGGGAACCGACGCCGAGCAUAGCCAUGAGCACAGUGGGGGAGGAUCUGGAUCACAUGAUACCAUGAAGAGAAGCCCGCGGGUCCUGUGCUGCCAGCUGCUGAGUGUUCUAGCAAUCCUGGCUGUGCCAGCCAGACUGGGAACCUGUGCGCAAGAGCCGCUGCCCAGCCCCGGGCCUUCGGAUCCUGCAGAGAGUCCCGCCUUCCCCAUGGAACCCCCAGCCUGGCCGAGGAAAUCCAGCCAAGGGGGGAUCGGCGAGAGAGGCCCCCUCGUAGGUGGCGUCCAGCCCACAACAGCUUUCCGCUCCCUGGGAGCGACACCACCUGUCAGCGCUAAUGCUCUGGGGGAGGCGCCGUCUCCGUCUGCAAGGGGCGCCCCUACGCCCGGCCCGCGAACCCAAGGAGAGGGGAUCUCGGGGUACAUGCAUGCUGGCCAUGCAGCGGUGACAAAGGACGCGAAACUGUCGCCACCCUCUUCCCCUUCCGCUUCCGGAGGCCCCGCCCACACGACGCCCCAGCUAGCCUUGCCGAGCGCCAUCGCCCUGCGCGAUGCGGACCCCUCCCCCUGGCCGGACGAGGCCCAGAGACCCGCAUCCUCGCUGUCCCCUCGAAACCUCCAGGAAAUGCCUCCCUUGGCCUUUGCAGCGCCUUCCCCUGCGUUCGCCGUCCCUGGAAACACUGCGACGGGAAAUGACGUCACGACGCGCGGCGCUACAGAUGUGUCUCCCAGCGAUGGCACAGACUCUGCUGGUUCACCGGGCAACGGCACCCAUCCCCCACCCCACCCGGGCAACGACACCGAUGGGUCGUCCAGCCCCAACGGCACCGAACCCCGCUCCCGAGGGGACGAACCCCUGCCGUGGGGUGGUUCCGGCACCACCGCGCCCCCCUCCGUCGCCACCGGCAAUUUCUUCAACAGACUGGUCCCGGCCACCAUGCCCGGGCCCCGGGGGCCAGGAAACCCCACGGGUCCGGACCACAGCGCGGCGCAGGCCCAGACCACAGUGUGCCUGGGCAUGGUGGACUUGGUGUGGGUCGUGCUGGCCAUCAGCGUGCCCGUCUCCUCCUGCUCCGUGCUCCUGACCGUGUUCUGCAUGAGGUGCAAGAAGAGGGCCUCCAGCCAGGAGAACAACCUGAGCUACUGGAACGACACCAUCACCAUGGACUACUUCAACAGGCAUGCCGUGGAGCUGCCGCGGGAGGUCCAGCCCCUGGAGACCACCCAGGAGCAGGGCGCCAGUUUGCCCCCCAAUGGAGACUACACCGACAACGGCAUGGUGCUGAUCAACCCAUUCUGCCAGGAGACACUCUUCGUCACCCGUGCCAAGGCGCCCAAGGAGUAGCGCGACAUCAUCGAAAGGAAACCGAAAAAGCCCGAUUCCAUGGCCUUUCCCCCCCACCCCCCGAAGGUCGUCAGCCUUUAUUUUGCAUAUGUGGUGAACUGUCCGAAGUAUUUGCUUUAUAUUAUAUUACAGAACAGUACACAUAUAAAUAGGGAAUGAAAUGCUAAUAAACAGAGGCUAUUUACUAUAAGGGUGCGCUGGUGUAUUUUUCUGAUGUACAUUUUCUAUGACAGCUUAAUUGUGAUAAAGGUUUUUAUGUCUUUUUUAGAAGUACCUUUGGUUUCAGUUUUGUUACGACGGUGAGGUGGUGCGUUAACGUCUGUGGCCGCUUGAUACCUACUGUAGGGAGAUAAUAAGAUGUAAACAUUGUAAUUAUGUAACCCAAGACACUUAUUAAAUGAAAAGCCUGUUGAACUUGAAAUCCACUUGAAUACUUGAGGGGAUGCUGAGUGGAGGGAGCAGCCGAUGAGCUCCACGUUCAGUUGCUCGAGACGCAAGGGUCCUGCUUGAAGGGCCGGCUGUUGGAGGGUUGCAGUCCAGGGGUCUGACGCUGGGGUUGAUGUUGGGGCUAACGUUGGGGCUGACG